GUUAGUUUUAUGUUAGUAUACUCGAAUAUUUUAAUUUCAAAAUUUUUAACGUAAGCAAGUAUUAUGGGUAUUUCAGCGUAUUUAAAAUGUGAAGUCUUAGCGUUUUUUGUAAUUUUAUGUUGGUUCGAUUUAAAUGGCGUGCGCGGCUAUCCUACCAGCUACAAAGAACCCAACCCUAACCAACCUGUUGAAAUGACGACGACACCGAAAAAAGUUAAAGACACUUUUCAGUUAAAUAAGCAAGUUAUGCCAAUCCCACAGAAUGAUACAAAGAAAACACAGACGUACAAGUCACAGGUUUCAAAACUGCUUAACGAUGGCGCGUUUGAGCCAGUAACGUACAAAGUAAAGUUUGCCAAUUCUGGCAGCAAAUCAACCAAGCAGAACGAAGACGAUGACGAUGAUGAUGAUGGCGGCGAAUACGAGGGAGCUGUGGACUACGCGAGUUGCAAGAGGAAGGAGCAAGAAGAACCGCAAGAUAAGAAAUCUAUGCCUAUUAUGAUCAUUCGUGGUUUAGACGUCAUGGCGAUGGACCUCCCAGUUUCCGUAGAAAAAGAGUGCAUGAAACCAAAGGAAGAGAAACCCAAAGUGUGCGGAGAUAAGAAAGAUGAGAAACGUAAAGACUUUGACAAACUAGGAGAAUGCGGUCAAAAUCAUGAAGACUACUUUCAAAACCAACAGAAAGUAUAUAACAAUGGUGUUCAGAGAGAUGUAAACGAGUUUCCGAAAGACUCGAAGGAAAACAGCUGGGGAGAGUGGUCUCCCUGCAGUAAGUCCUGCGGGAUUGGUGUGCAGUCCAGGAGCAGAGCUCAUCCCUCGGGGUAUCCUGAGCGGGAUACACAGUUCAAGUCAUGUCACCUUGCUGAUUGUGCAGAACCUCGGGUGUACCCGUCCAACGUAGGGUCGCCGUCGUACAGGGACCUGGUGAGAAAUUAAAUUAGAGCACUUUACUGCAAAGAAAUAUUGUGAUAAAGGAUACAAAUCAAAAUUAAUAAGGCUGAAGUCCUUAUCUUCGUGAACGAAACGGAGUACCGUGCGGUACCGGAACAGUAUAUGACAAUUAUUCUGAUUCCCCAACAAAUAUAGUAAAAUUUGAAAAUUGUAAUUAUCUUGAAAUUAAACUUUGAUUUACGAAGCAGACAA